AUGUCAAGAUCGAUGAGGAUCCAGGAUCUGCUAUCACCAUCAGUGACUACAUCUGAUGGGAACCGCACCCAAAGUCGAAACUCAGGCUUGACGCCUGGAUCAGGUUGUGACAGAACAAUCACAUCCAACAAGCAGAAGCAGAAGCCUAUCAAUCAUGUGCAAUCGAAACAGCCCAUACUGAAUCUUCUAACAUGGGAUCUCCCACCAGAUGAAGGACUUGUUGUCUCACGGAAGAAACGGAAGCGUACUCCUGAAGACGUGACACUGAUCAGAAACCCUAGGAGGCUUCCUAGAUUUUCAGUCAAUGUCUUCAACGCCGAGCCGGCCAACGCUUAUCCAAUCCCGUAUCAGGGUAUUGUACCUCGAAUGAUCAAAUAUUGUAAGCUUUCUCAAUGUUCAUGCACCUAUUUUGCACUAAUUGUACUGGGAGACGUUCAAACAUGGGCAAUAGAGCAUGGGACAGCUUUACAGAUUGAGGGGCAUCCCAACCCCUACCACUCACUCGUCUUCCCCUAUGCUCUCCAUCACGGUGCCCUUUUCGAGUCCAUGGUAUGUAUUGCUCGCACAUCUUGGCUCCUGCAGGAGGGCAUACCGUGGCAACAAGACAAGGCGCUAGCAUACCAUCGAGCAAAUGCUUUUGCAACACUUGGCCUUAGGAUGACAUCGGAGAACACCUGCGCAGAUGACACCACAAUCUUGACGAUUGCAGCCCUUUCCACAUUCGGCGAUCUACUACAUCCUUCUAAAUUUGACGCGUUCAGCUAUGAUCAACUGUGGAAAUUCGUGAAAGAACAAAAUGAGGCUACUGCAGGGCUCGCCCAGUUGGCUAUUGACUCGCCUCUUCGAAACGAAUUACCUGUCUAUUCAUCACCUCCUUUCAACACGAAAGUCUGUGAAGCACUUUCCAAAGUUUCUCCUGCCUUCAACGAUAUGGCAAUUUCAGGAGAAUUGUCCCUACAGAUCAUUGACAUCCUGGCCAACCUGUCGAGUCUCAUCAAAGACGGAACCGUAUCGAGCCCCAUCACGAGUCCACGUAAAUCCGAAAAGUCAAGGCGGAAUUUGCUCCAUUCAGUCAUUGAUCUUCGAUACCUCUCCGUCAUGGGGAUCACCCCCAUAGAACGUUACCUAUGUUAUGGACUCAUCGCCUGCUCAUAUACCUUACAUUUCAAGGGUGGGAUCAUGGGCGAAGAUCACAUUGAAUCUCUUCAAGAGGUGGAAGAGAUGAUGGUGGGCGGUGACAAUCUACCAUUACAAGAUGCUCUAGUUGACGCCCAUGGAGAAUGUCUAGUCUGGACCUUUACUGCAAUGUCUGGGGCUCUGGCCAUGUCAGAAAAUUUCUCUGCAACGUCUAGGCUUAUUGAUUAUGCAUUCGAUCAAUUUCCUGACGAGAUGGCACAGUGGAAGGUUCUUUCGAAGAUCCUGCAGAAAUUUCUAUGGUGUGAAAACCUUCUAAUGUUUUGGAGAAGCAUUUGGCACAAGGCAAUGGUUCGACGUUCAGGACGCGACAAUCAUCUCAAAGGGGCCCCCAGUUGA